CUGAAGGCCCUGGCCUGCCCUGCUGGGCUCUGUCCCCGACCUCUGACCGACCGGUUGUGGCAGGCUCCAGUCCCCCUCUGAGGCUCGAGUCAAGUCCGCGAAGAUCCCGGCGCCAUGUGGCGAUGGGCUCAGGCCGCGCUCCGAACCCCUGGGACCCGCCUCCAGCUCCGGAGGUCGGUGUGCACGUCAUUGGGUUUCUCCCAAAAGGCCGUGACCCUGACCGUCACGCCCAGGACUGGUCUGGCUGAUGAGCUUCUGGAUAUUAAAGUGGAAGGCCUAGGCCCCAGGGAGCGGGUGACACUGAGGGCGUCGGCUGUUAGCUACCGAGGUCGUCUCUUCCACUCGCAGGCCCACUUCGAGUCGGACGGCCGCGGGAGGCUGGACCUGGCCCGGCAGCCGGCUCUGGGCGGCGACUUCACCGGCGUGGAGCCGAUGGGGCUCCUGUGGAGCCUCACGCCGGCCGGCUCGGAGGACCCCUGCCACAGCCAGAGGCCGAGGGGCGUGUUGAAAACGCCCCUCAAAGUGGAGGUGACCGUCCAUCCCACGCAGCAGCAGCCGGAGGUGCCGCUGGGCCCGGCGCUGGCCUCGGCCCACGUGCAGCGCUGGUUCUCCAGCCCCCAGCUGUCCCGCACUCGGCUGCAAACCGGCAGCCUGCGGGGCGUCCUCCUGCUGCCCCCAGGAGAUGGUCCUUUUCCUGGUUUGAUUGAUAUGUUCGGUGAUGGAGGAUUGGAUGAAUCUCGAGCAAGUCUCCUGGCUUGUCGAGGUUUUGCUGCUCUGGCUUUGCCACUUUUUGGCUACGAAGAUCUACCUCCAAUUAUGAAGGACUUAAAUUUAGAUUACUUUGAAGAGGCAGCUAAAUUUGUGCAAAGUCAUCCAAAGGUCAAAGGCCCAAACAUUGGAGUGAUUGGUUCUGGCAAGGGGGCAGAGUUGGCAGUUUCCAUGGCUAGCUUUCUCCCAAACAUAGCUGCGGUUGUGAGCAUCAAUGGUUGCAUCUCUAACACAGCUACUGCCCUUACAUGUGGUGGAUUAAUCCUGCCAGGACUGCCUUUUAACCUAUGUAAAAUCUCUGCUACCGAUUCAGGGGUGUAUGACAUUAAAGAAGCGCUCGAGGACCCCUUGGAUCCAGCCUAUCGGGAAAGCCGUAUCCCUCUUGAAAAAGCCAGUGCCCAUUUCCUUUUCAUUGUUGGAGAGGAUGACAGGCUUUGGAAGAGCUCUGUUUAUGCCGACAUAGCUGUGAAGCACCUCACAGAGCAUGGGAAGACAAAUUUCACUCUUUUAAGCUACCCUAAUGCUGGCCACAGAAUAGAUCCGCCUUACAGCCCUUUUUUCUCUGCAGCCUGGGAUCCUGUGUUGGGGGUGCCUGUUUUGGGAGGCGGGCAGCUCAAAGCUCAUGCUGUUGCCCAGAUUGAGUCUUGGAAGAAGAUCUUGGAGUUUUUGCACUUGCAUCUAGAGCAAAGGCUUACAAACUAAACAGUUUAAUUUAGAAUUUGCUCAGAACAAAUUAUGGGAAAGACUGAAUUUUUUGACAAAUGACAACUGAGAUCUGGACUUCUCAUGACGUCUGCAAGCUUUUAAAAGAAAAAAUACUUCAAGUUCAUCAGAGCCUGUAGCUUUGGUCCUACCCAUGUUUCUCCAUGUCUGGUUUGUUUGAGCUUGAACUCAAGGUCUGCAACAAAAGCAAGUGGACCCAAAGCUAUACUCUUUGGUAAACGGCUUUUGAGAUCUAUUGUGUCAUUUUGAAGGGCUUAAAAGAACAAAGAAAUGAUCCAAGUUAUAUACUUCUUUUUCUUUCCCCGUGUGAAAGUUUUUAACCUUUGAGCAUGUGAAACUCAAAAUGUGCUUGAUAAGAAAUGUAUCAAGAUAUUGUGGAUUGAUUUUCGGAGACAAGGAAAUUUCUGUUUAUAUGGUGGUAAAUAUUAUAUGGUGGUAAAUAGCUUAUAUACUGGUACAUAAAAGAUAUUCAUGGCAAAGAGUGAAACUGGAAAAGCCAGUGUUCGUACUGCCUGUCACCGACCGGACCUGACAAGUACGUACAGGAUUUGAAUCUCUACGGUGCUUUAUUCCAAUGGCUGGCGAUUUGAGAAGAUGGCGGGUUCGCUCUCUAACAGACUGUCUUAAAUUUCAUUUUCAACCAACCCUUUCUAUAGGGAGAAGAAAAGUGUAGGUAAGGGGAUUGGAAUUCAGGGGAAAGGUUAAUCAGAUAAAAAGCUACAGCAUUCUUUCAUCUGUGUCCUGGGCAUCUCACCCUGGAGCAGAAUGGCUCAGAUACCUUACUGCUUGCAGUCCUCCUGAGGCACAAAGGUGGAGCUGCUUAUGGUCUCCCGGAGUCAGGGUGGGUCAUACCUUCAGUUCCUGGAACAACAGCUUUUAUGUGCAUUCAUUACUAAGCUUAUUAGCUAUUAUCUGAAACUAACAUUUUUCCAACAUUUGAGCCCCCCAACAGGAGGAAAUAGAAUUAAUAUUCUGAGUGAGCAUAAAGAUAAAAUUGACUUAUUAGUGAUAUUACACCAUUAAUAUCAAUUCCUUAUGGUGCAAUUUGUAGUUUUGAAUAAAAGGAAUACCCUACUGGGUUAUGAGAUAUGUUUAAGGAUUAAAUUCCCAUUACAGCUACAUCAAGAAAAACAGAUUUUUGCAGGAGAGGAAGAAUUCCAACUUGGAGAGGGGUGGAGGUGUGGAGAUCUGAAAAAAUCACUGCAGGUGUUGGCGGCAAAAUGGUACCAGAAUGUCACUGGUGCCAUUUGGACUUCAGUUCAGCAACCUCAGUUCUUGAGUUCUGGCUAAGAAAGAAUUCAGAGCCAAGACUCAAACUAUAAGAGAAAGUUUAUUCGGAAAGUCACAGAGGUAGGAAAAGUGAGCCAGUGGGGUACAAGUUCAGGAAACAAGUUACAGAGGCAGAAGAAGGGCCCUCGGAGCUUAGGAGAGAUAAAGGUAAAGCUAACAUGCCUGGGGGAAGACCAGGCGGAAGGAAAAAUGCUGAAGGAUCCAGGGAGG